CUCAACACUCAGAUCUAUUAACCAUGGAGAACACAAAGAAUCUCGCUAACAGGAAUCACGAAGAAGAUGAAGAAGAGAUCAUCGACUUACCUCACGUGGACAACUCUCAACUCAUUGCCCGUUUCAACCUAAGUCUGGUUGGACGCAUGUUCAACCAAGAUAUCCGUAGCACAGAAGCCCUCAUCGCCUUCAUGCCUCGACAGAACAUCUGGGACGUCAAAGGCAGGGUGCACGGGAUAGACCUUGGAAACUCUCGAUUCCAGUUCGACUUCGACUCAGAAGCGGAUCUCCAGCGGGUGCUCAGCAAACGCCCCUGUCAUUUUAAUCGCUGGUCUUUCUCCUUGGAACGCUGGAUCCCUCAUGUUUGGGAGUCUUUUCCCAACAAUAUGACCUUCUGGGUGCGAAUCUCAGGGAUCCCUACUCACUUCUGGAUGGAAGAAAAUUUCCGAGCCAUUGGAAAUCGUCUUGGGGAUGUAAGAGCGGUUGAUGCACGAGCUGCAAGGAUCCAGAUUUCUUUGAAUGCAGAUGAGCCUCUGAGAUUCAAUGCAAGGGCAAGGCUUCAAUCUGGAGAAGUGGUUAGAGUAGAGAUGAAGUAUAAAAAACUCGAUCGAUGGUGUCUCACCUGCAGACACAUCUCUCACGACGAGAGAACUUGCCUUUUGCUCACUGAAGAUCAAAGACGUGAGAAGAUGAGGGAAAGAGAGGCUGAGAGGAACUUAGCUCGAGCAUCGAGAGAUGACCUGAUUCGCGACAGAGACGUCUUGCAAAUGAGAAGACAGGCAGGCCAGAUCUCGUUACCUCUCCGUGACAGAACCACCCUCCCUUUGCAGGAUGAAACCCGCAAGCUCUCGACAAAGGCCAAAGAUGAAAGCUCCAAACCUCCGAAGGAUAAGAAAAGAAAUCAAAUCCUCGAUGAAAGGCGCCCUUCUGACAGAAGACCCGAUAGCGUCUGGAACAGAAUCGAAUCAAGCGCUGGUUACCGAACUGAAGCAAGAAGGUAUGAAAGAAAACAUGAAACUGCAGAUGGAAGCCACCCGAAUGCCAGAGAUGACUCAAGAGAUGAGGAACCUGGAUACCGAAAGCGACGAUACGAAGAAUCCUUCGCAGCAAGCAAGAAACAGAUGGGGAAGAACAAACCAAAAGACCUACCUGGGAAGGAUCUUUCCUCUGCUAAACCUUCACUGGCGAGACUCUCAGCAAUGCCAACCAAGUCUUCUGACUCUCAGAGGACUAUCUCGGAUCCUCCAGCCAAAGCUAAACAGGGUGUCUCUUCCCCGGAGCACAUGCAUAGCAGACCAUUCCACCUCUCCCUUACCAGUAAGACAUCAAAUCUGGGGAAAGGGAAGAUGUAUGAAACCGGUGAAACUUCAGAAGCAGGCAGUUCAGCAAAAAAAGCUCUCACUUUUGAGCCUGUGAUCCCAAUUGAAUCAAACUCCAUUCUAGGCGAACCCAAGCUGAGCAAUGCGAUGAUUCUACCUCCGUUGGAACCUUGUCUCCAUGAAAAUUGGUAUGAACAGACUCUGGAGGAAGAUAGAGAAGACAUAAAUCUUACCACAUCAAAACCAAUCGACGAACAGCUCGAAUUCCCGAUGGAAGUGGUCAUGGAGUCAGGCGGAGACUUAAGGACCUUCCACAAUAACCAGGAGAACGAGUUGCUGGAGGAUGAGCUUAUGGAGGAUCCAGCUUUGCUUAAUAACAAUGAAACAAUUGAAGGCAUCGAUGAGGAAGACGAAUGGAUGAACGACGAUGAUCUCUUCGAUGAAGGGGAACUGGACGAACUUCUGAAAGAUGCUGACAGCCCUGCAAAGGAUCAAAAUGGAGAAGACCAGGAGAUGAUCAAUGAGCUCGCGAUCCCAGAGGCGAAUCCGCCGAAGUUCAAAGCUGCUUCCUGGUUUAGAUCCCCCGAAAACGCUGAUGUAGGGAAGAAACAGGCGGCGGAAACUGAUAAGAGCACCAGGGUGACCGGAAAAAAGAAACCGGCGCCGAGAUCGCCGGCGGCUCGCGGUUUGUCCCUGAAGAAGAGGAAUUUCCCUCUGGGUCGUGUCUCUCCAAAGACUAAGGGGAAAGGAAAAUUCCCAAAAACAGGUCUAGGCCCAUAUGCAGAUCAAGAAGAAAGCCCAAGGGAGAUAAGAGUUCUAAGGCCCAGAAGAAAAAACAGAACUCUGUAA